GUGUGUUUGGUGAGUCAGUGUCAGUGAAGGAGGAAGAUUCAGUCACUCUACACACUGAUGUUACUGAAAUAAAGGCAGAUGAAGAAAUUGAAUGGAGGUUUAACAGCACUCGCAUAGCUAGAGUGACUAAAAACAGUGCUGUCUAUGAUGAUGUUGUGGGAUUCAGAGACAGACUGCAGCUGGACAUUCAGACUGGAGAUCUCAAGAUCAUAAACUUCAGGAUCAGAGACUCUGGACUUUAUAAGUUUGAGGUCAACAGCCCCAGAGGGUCCCCAGAGAAGACAUUCAGUGUCAGUGGUGUGCGAGGUACUACAAUGAAGCCAGUGUCAGUGCUGGUGGGAGAUUCAAUCACUCUACACUCUGGUGUUUUUGAUUUACAAAGAGAUGAUGUGAUACGAUGGAGGUUUGAACAUCAAAACACUCCUGUAGCUGAAAUCAAUAGAACGGCUGGAAUCUUCAACACAUAUGAUGGUCCUGAUGGGAUAUUCAGAUACAGACUACAGCUGGAGUGCUGGACUGGAUCUCUGACCAUCAGGAACAUUGGAACCAAACACUCUGGAAGUUAUGAAGUUGGUAUCAGGAGUGGCAGCAGCAGAUACACCACACACAAGUCAUUCAGUGUGACUGUCAGCGAUGGAGUGAAGUCACUGUUAGUGGGGUAUGGAGAUUCUGUUUCUCUACAGACUGUUACAGAAAUACAGAACGAUGAUCUGAUACUGUGGAAGUUCAAAGACAUUAUCAUAGCUGAAAUCCAUAAGGCAGACCAACGAUUUUCCAUAUCUGAUGGUCCUGAUGGGACAUUCAGAGACAGACUGGAGCUAGAUCAUCAGACUGGAUCUCUGAACAUCACAAACACCAGAACCACAGACUCUGGACUUUAUGAACUGAAGAUCAGCAGCAGCAGACGCUCCAUAAACAGGAGAUUCACUGUUACUGUCACUGUUGUAACAGAUGCAGUGAAGACAGUGUCAGUGAUGGAGGGAGAUUCUGUUACUUUACACACUGUUACUGAAAUACAGAACGAUGAUCUGAUACAGUGGAUGUUUGGAAACACUGUCAUAGCUGAAAUUGACAAAGCUGCCCAACAAUUCCACACAUAUGAUGGUCCUGAUGGAAGAUUCAGAGACAGACUGAAGCUGAAUGAUCAGACUGGAUCUCUGACCAUCACAAACACCAGAACCACAGAGUCUGGAGAUUAUGAACUGAAGAUCAGCAGCAGCAGACGCUCCAUAAACAGGAGAUUCACUGUUACUGUCACUGGUUCAGAUCAUAAAUCAGGUUCAGAUCAUAAAUCAGAUUCAGGUCUGUCUCCAGGUGCUGCACCGUGGAUUGUUGUUGUUGUUGUUCUUCUGGUGGCUGCAGCUGUAGCUGCGGUUGUGAUUUACUAUCGCCACAAGAUCUCUAAACUAGGAAGCCAUGGGCAAGAGAAUGGACAAAACCAUCAGAACCAGGACACAAAAAAUGAUCCUCCUAAUGAGAGAGUGAAUUCCCCAAUGAUUCCUGAAGCAGAGAACAGCAGUAGCUUAUAGUCACUAUAACAGUAUACACAUGAAGAGUGGAUGAAGUUUUUUUUUUUUUUUUUGAAUAAAGGUGUGUUGAUAAUGGGUAGGGUGCAAUUUAGUUGCUCACUAUAC